UCGUACAUUGAACCGCUCGGUGCCGUCGGGCUGCAGCAGUCAGCGGAGACGUUAAACCUCGAGCCCAGCCUCAGCAUGACCUGACCGGACAGCUGCAGGCUUUCCGCCCCGUUCUCCUGACCAGGCAGAGUGUUUAGGAGGGGAGGAGGAGGAGGCGGCGGCGGCGGCAUGCGUAUGGGCAGCAGCUGGAGGUGGCAGCUCUCCCGGGCCAUGCGACUCGCAAUGCGCUGGUGCCGGCUGUGCCGCCUGCAGAGGGGAGGCCGAGGCGGCGGCAGCAGCAGCAAACCGUGGAUCAGCGGCAGGUUGUUGGAGCUGUGGAGCUACAGCAAGCUGCUGCUGCAGUCGCUUUAUUACAACAGUCUCACCAACUUUGACACUCUGCUGGACUGUGCGUUCGAACCCGUCUACUGGAUUGUGGAUAACGUGACUCGCUGGUUUGGAGUGGUGUUUGUCUGUCUCGUCACCCUUCUGACGUCCUCGGUUGUGGUCAUCGUCUACCUGUUUGUCCUACCCACAAUCCUCAGCAGUUACCCUGUGCACUGGAUUGUCUGGCACCUCUGCUGCGGCCACUGGCUUCUCGUCAUGGUGGUCUUCCAUUACUACAAGGCCACCACCACCUCACCGGGACACCCGCCAAAGGACAAAAUUCACAUCCCCUCUGUGUCCAUCUGUAAGAAAUGUAUCACACCAAAACCACCGAGGACGCACCACUGCAGCAUCUGCAACGUGUGUGUUUUGAAGAUGGACCACCACUGUCCCUGGUUGAACAACUGUGUCGGCCAUUUCAAUCAUCGCUACUUCUACUCGUUCUGCGUCUACAUGACUCUGGGCUGCAUCUACUGCAGCAUCAGCAGCAGGGACUUGUUUCUGGAGGCCUACAAUGCUAUAGAGACUUACUACCAGACCCCUCCUCCAGACUACACCUUCAGAGAAACCACUGCUCAUAAGAGCAUCAUCUUCCUCUGGGUGCUAACCAGCUCAGUGGCAGUGGCUCUGGGAGGACUCACCUUGUGGCAUAGCAUGCUCAUCAGCAGAGGAGAGACCAGCGUGGAGCGACACAUCAACCGCAAAGAGGCCAAGAGACUGAGGGAGAAGGACAAGGUGUUCAGAAAUCCAUAUCAUCACGGUAAAAUGAACAACUUGAAGUUACUGUUUGGUGUGGAGAAAAGGAGUCACUGGUUCACUCGGGUCCUCUUGCCCUCCAGCCAUCUUCCCAGUGGAGACGGCAUCAUGUGGGAGUGCACCUUCUCCAGGAGAGACCCCAUGGCCAUCUGAGGUCCAGCCUUAAAUUCCUCUACCACAUCAAAAACCUUAAAUCUGCAUUUAGACUACAAGCAACAUGGUGGAUGUGUCGCAGCGAGAAGCUCCAUCAGUUUCAGUCUGCUACACAAAGAAAAAUAUGUUUUUACACAAAUCAGGAGCUGCACUAAUCCAAAGUGAGGAGCACAUGGAAGACACUACUGACGAAACUUCUUAUGAUCCUUUCCACCUGUCAGCCUUGCACAAGAGGUCUGACGUGAGACCGCAACGAUGCUGACUGAUUGGAUUUCUGGGUGCUGCUGGUCAGCAUCCUCCUCCAGCAUAAACCCAACCAUUAGUCAAGACACGACUAAGAAUUGUACAUUUCUUGGACUGAAAAUCCACACAACAGACUCUUUCUUAAAAGUGUGUGAGAUGGAUGGAUGAAAACACUGUAGGUUGCGGGUACAGCGCAUUAAAGGUGCUUUGUGUUGCAUUUUUCAAACAUCAAAUCAGCACAUUGUAAACUGAUACUUUGAUAUGAUUAAUAGCUGCCGUCUUACUCCAGUUGUGUUGUUAAUGUGAUCAAAUUAAUACUAUAUUUCCCUGAAACUCUGCUUCUUUACUGCAGGUGUUUCCUAUCUUUGCCUUUAAGUGUUUUGUUUUCCAUUUGGAAACAACUUUAUUCUAUCAACCUUAUUUCCCUGAUAGGAGCACCACUCUCUUGUUAAUUCGUGCUGUAAAACGGUCCAGCAGAUCUAAAUCUGACUUGUGGGCUGGAGACGUAAAAAGAAAAGACUGGCUGUCUUGUCAGAGAAGCUCUCCUGUGUUUACACUGCAGUAAUGUGCCAGCAUGAAUGUGCUCAUGAUUCAUUGAUGAUAAAAGUGCAAAACACAGCACCAAUAACAUCUGUACUGAUCAGUGGCUCAGUGUUCAGUCAGCGACCUGAGCCUGUUUAUUCGAAAGGUCUUUAAGCUUUUAUUGUAUAAUUUGUGUAUAAUGACUGUUUGUGUCUUAAAUAUCAUGAGAUGAAAACGUAAUUUCAAUAUUAAUUUCUGAUUUGUUUGAUAGGUGUCCUGUGAUUAUUUCAAUAACUCUCUGAAAUCUUAUGUUUACUACCCUCGAUGUUUACACCUUCAGUUUAACUGUUGUGUGUUUUGAAAGCGUGUGCUGAUGAGAUUGAUUUUGAAACUGGUCUGGGCUUGUGUUCUGGUGCCAAAGAGCGAAAAACCAAGAGUUUGAUUCACUUUUCUUCAACUUCUGACUUGAAUCUUUUGCUUGUUCAACAAUUUAAAGGUGGAGUCUGUGGUUCUGUAGAAAGAUUGUUGAGCUCGUUCGCAUGUUCAAGGUAAAUACUUUCAAUUAAUCAGUGGUAUUAAUAGCAGAAUAAUGUGUGGAUCGGUUUGAGAUCCUGUGUUUGUUCCAUUUACAGAGCGAGGGCUGUGAAUGUAUAUUGGGUUUCCAUCUAUACUAAACAGACAGCUAGCGGGCGUGAGGAGAUAUUCACUGACUGACAAAGUGUAUUGCAAUAGAAUCACUGACUCCACUUUUAAGAAAAUGGAAAAAACCCACACAACACCCAAUUUCUUACCUUCAACAUUUCAUUUUUGGAUGCUGGUAAAAAAAGUUGUUGUGUGCCUUGUUUGGAUCUUCAGCCUUGAAAUUGAGCCUCUAUAAAUAAGUAAAUCAGGCACUGUGAAAUGUAAUUCUGUAUUUUUAAUUAAGAUUUUUCACUGCUACGUGUUCACAUCAGUGACUUCAUGAUGGAUGAGUUGGAUGUGUAGUUGCCAUAGAAACAUGACGUCCACCUAUGAUAUCAUUUGUAAUCAAAAGGAGCUGUGCUCUGGUUUGAAUUUUCUUUUUAAAAUAAAACAAGUUUUUACAA